AUGAUUCUCUCCCUGGCCGCGGCGGCGGCCAUGAGUAGCGGCGGCGGUGGCAGCAGCCUCAACUCCUCGUCCCCGCUGGACCCCCUCGACUCCUCCACCUCCUGGAGUCUGGUCGAGGACCCGUCCAACUCCUCCUCCGAACCCGUCGUGCGAACUCUGACCCCUGACCUCCAGCCGGCGGCCGCCGCGGCGCAGGAGGUCAGCCCCUGGGACAUCGCGCUCUGCGUAACCGGGACGCUGAUCUCCUGCGAGAACGCGCUGGUCAUCGCCGUGCUCUUCUACACGCCGACGCUCCGGGCGCCGAUGUUCAUCCUGAUCGGCUCGCUGGCGGUGGCGGACCUCCUGGCCGGCCUGGGCCUCAUCUUGAACUUCGUCUUCACGUAUCUGAUCGACAGCUCGCUGGAGUUCGUGACGUUGCUGUCGGUCGGACUGCUCAUCUCCGCCUUCUCGGCGUCCGUCCUCAACAUCCUGGCCAUCACGGUGGACCGGUACCUGUCGCUGUACAACGCCCUGACCUACCACACCGAACGGACCGUCACCUUCACCUACGUGAUGGUGAUCUUCAUCUGGGUGUCGUGCCUCACCCUGGGCCUGCUGCCGGCGCUCGGCUGGAACUGCUUGAAAGACGAGUCCACGUGCAGCAUCUGCCGGCCCGUCACCAAAAACAACGCCGUGGCGCUCGCCGUCACCUUCCUCCUGGUCUUCGCCCUCAUGAUGCAGCUCUAUCUCCAGAUCUGCAAGAUCGCCUUCCGCCACGCGCAGCAGAUCGCGGUGCAGCACCAGUUCGUGGCCAUCUCCACCACCAAAGGUGUCUCCACGCUGUCGGCCAUCCUGUGUGCCUUCGGGGCGUGCUGGCUGCCGUUCGCCAUGUACUCCAUCGUGGCCGACUACAGCUACCCCGUCAUAUACACCUAUGCCACGGUCCUCCCGGCCACCUGCUGCUCUGUGAUCAACCCCAUCAUCUAUGCGUUCCGAAACCCAGACAUCCAGAAGUCGCUGUGGAUGGCCUGCUGCGGGUGCGUCCCGUCCAACCUCUCCUUACGACCCAGGACCUCCAGCGACGUGUAGCAGAGAAGGUCGGUGUCUCUUUGGCGUGACGCCCGACGCAGAGUCCGGACUGUCGGAGGGAGAGGACGGGGUCGAGGGGGCGAGGAGGCCAGAAGAGUCGGAGGCGAAGCGGAGACGGCCUCUCCUCCUCGGAUCAGGGCUGGGAGGCUGUGGUCGCCACAGAGAGAGCGGCGCCGGCAGGCGAAAGUGACCAGGAUGGUGCAUGGCGAGGGCAGAAGAAAAAAAAAAAAGAUAGAGCUAAAAAA